AUGGCAGACCUGGUGUGGUCUAGUGAACUUUACUUUGGGGUGGUUGCUACUAGAAAUUGGAGAAGUUUAUUGAAUGAAACACAAUUAAUAAAGAUGUUCUCUUACCCUUUUAGGCCUUCACAUUGGGGAGGUUUCAUUGAGCGAUUGCAACUGCUUGUAGUGAAUUCUGCCGCUUUGAGGAACUCAAAACACAUAACUCCAGAUGCCUUUCUGCAGUUGACAUCUGACACCCGCCGGGUUCUCUCUCGAGAGUGCAAAACAGUAUCACAGCAUGAGUUUCAUGCAGUCAUGUUUUCUGGGUCUCUCAAAGCUUCUGUUGGUCAAUGCCAUGGGGCAAGUCACUCUGCAGUCUGGCUACCUAUUGAUCUAUUUUUAGAAGACGCUAUGGAUGGGUCACAAGUGACGACAACUAGUGCUGAAAGGAAUCCUAGUGAGGGUCCAAUACCUCGCCUUGAUACAUGCUUGUCCAUGUUAUUGUCUAUUACAACCCUUGUAGUGGCCAAUCUUAUUGAGGAAGAGGAAAGUGAAUUGAUUGAUGAAACGGAACAGAGCCCUUCCAGUCAAAGAAAAGAUAAGGAGGGGAAACGUCAGAAGGGUCUAAUUUCUUCCCUGCAGCUAUUGGGUGAUUACGAGGGCUUGUUGACUCCGCCUCAGCCUGUUAGCUCAGUAGCUAAUCAAGCUGCCGCAAAAGCUACUAUGUUUAUCUCAGGCCUCACUGUCAGCAAUGGUUAUAGCAUGAGCAUAAAUGACAUGCCAAUCAACUGUUCUGGAAACUUGAGGCAUCUGCUUGUUGAGGCUUGUAUUGCAAGGAAUAUGUUGGACACAUCAGCAUAUUUAUGGCCAGGCUAUGUGAAUGCUCGUGCCAACCAAGUACCUAGGGGUCUUCCCAGUCAAACACCUGGCUGGUCAUCAUUGAUGAACGGGUCACCUUUAACCACCCCAAUGAUAAACAUUUUGGUUUCAACUCCAGCUUCCAGCUUACCAGAGGUCGAGAAAAUAUAUGAGAUUGCAGUCAACGGUUCUGAUGAUGAGAAGAUAUCUGCUGCUGCUAUUCUUUGUGGAGCCUCUCUUGUUCGUGGUUGGAAUAUACAGGAACAUACAAUUCUUUUCAUUAUAAAAUUGCUGUCGCCUCCAGUUCCUGCUGAUUACUCUGGGAGUGAGAGUCACUUGAUAAAUUAUGCUCCACUUUUAAAUGUUCUUCUUGUUGGAAUAACAUCUGUGGAUUGCGUGCAGAUUUUGUCCUUGCAUGGUUUGAUUCCACUACUUGCUGGUGCAUUGAUGCCCAUCUGUGAGGCCUUUGGCUCCGCUGUUCGCGAGGUCUCAUGGACUCUUCCAACAGGGGAAGAACUUUCUUGUCAUGCAGUGUUUUCUAAUUCAUUUACACUUCUGCUGAGAUUGUGGAGAUUUGAUCAUCCACCUAUUGAUCAUGUGAUGGGAGACAUACCACCAGUGGGAUCUCAUCUAAGCCCUGAAUACCUCCUACUUGUACGGAAUUCCCUAUUAGCUUCCUCUGGAACUUCAACUAGGCGUCAACUCAGACGUAGGAGAUACUCCAAAAUGAUGAGUCUGUCUGUAGAACCCAUAUUCAUGGAUUCUUUCCCGAAGUUGAAACAAUGGUACAGGCAGCAUCUGGAAUGUAUUGCUUCUACCUUUUCCGGGCUUGUACAUGGGACCCCUGUUCAUCAGAUUGUUGAUGUGCUCCUCAAUUUGAUGUUCAGAAGGAUAAAUAGAGGUGUUCAGCCUUCGACUUCUACGACUUCUGGAAGUAGUCUUUCAUCUGGCCCUGGUGCUGAAGAUGUUCAAGCUAGACUUAAAAUACCCGCAUGGGAUAUCUUAGAAGCAACUCCAUUUGCACUUGAUGCUGCUCUGACAGCCUGUGCCCAUGGAAGACUCUCUCCCCGUGAACUGGCUACAGGGCUUAAAGAUCUUGCUGAUUUUCUACCAGCAUCUUUGGCCACCAUUGUAAGCUACUUUUCAGCUGAAGUUACACGGGGCAUAUGGAAGCCAGCUUUUAUGAAUGGAACUGAUUGGCCAAGUCCAGCUGCAAAUUUAUCCUCUGUUGAGCAACAGAUAAAGAAAAUACUGGCUGCCACUGGUGUUGAUAUCCCAAGCCUUUCUGUAGGGGCUACAUCUCUGGCUACACUUCCUUUGCCAUUAGCUGCCCUAGUAAGCCUCACAAUUACUUAUAAAUUGGACAAAAUGUCUGAAAGGUCCCUCACCCUGAUUGGCCCAGCCGUGAAUGCCCUUGCUGCUGGGUGCCCCUGGCCAUGCAUGCCCAUUAUAGCCUCUCUAUGGGCCCAGAAGGUUAAGCGUUGGAGUGACUACCUUGUGUUCUCUGCUUCUCGUACUGUAUUCCACCAUAACAGUGAUGCUGUAGUUCAGCUUCUGAAGAGCUGCUUCACGUCCACUCUUGGUUUGAACCUCCCUCACAUUUCCAGCAAUGGUGGUGUGGGUGCCCUUUUAGGUCACGGGUUUGGCUCCCACUUUUCUGGCGGGAUCUCUCCUGUUGCCCCUGGAAUUCUCUACUUGCGAGUGCAUCGAUCUGUAAGAGAUGUCAUGUUUAUGACAGAAGAAAUUCUCUCGCUCCUAAUGCAUUCUGUUAGAGAUAUUGCAAGUAGUGUGUUGCCUAGAGGGGCAAUGGAGAAAUUGAAGAAAAGCAAACAUGGGAUGCGAUACGGGCAAGUUUCUCUUGCUGCAGCAAUGGCACGUGUCAAGCUUGCAGCUUCACUUGGGGCUUCUUUAGUUUGGAUAUCUGGUGGAUUAAGUUUGGUUCAAUCUUUGAUUAACGAAACCUUACCCUCUUGGUUUAUAUCAGUCCAUGGGUCGGAGCAGGAAGGUGGAGAAUCUGGAGGUAUGGUUGCAAUGCUAAGGGGUUAUGCACUUGCGUACUUUGCAAUUUUUUGUGGGACAUUUGCAUGGGGUGUGGACUCAGAAUCAGCAGCAUCAAAAAAACGGCCAAUGGUGCUCAGAACCCACUUAGAAUAUCUAGCAAGUGCUCUAGAGGGGAAAAUAUCGCUUGGUUGUGAUUGGGCUACCGCAUGGGCAUAUGCAUCUGGGUUUGUGUGCUUGAUGGUGGCUUGCACACCCAAAUGGGUGCUUGAGGUUGAUGUGGCUGUAUUGAAGAGGGUGAGCCAGGGGUUGAGGCAAUGGAAUGAGGAAGAACUGGCUGUGGCCUUGCUGGGACUGGGUGGAGUUGGUACAAUGGGUGCAGCUGCUGAACUGAUUAUUGAAAUUGGGCAAAGGAUGGAGGCAAAGGUGUUACCGCUAACAUGCACGCCUCUCUUUCCAUCUAUUCCGUUUCAAGCUAAUAUCCGCUCUGUCCACUUCAAGCCCAGAAGCUUAAGCUGCUCCGCAGCUAUGAGAAAGAGCACAGCCAAGACCAAAGAAGGAGAAGAGAAACUUCUUGAAGGAAUGCCAAAGGAGUAUUACGAUGAUGAAUGGCAAGCCCAACAACGAGAGAAGAGUAAGGAGUUGGAAAGGCUACGUCAACAAGAAGAUGAUGAAGAAAAAAGGAUGGUUGAAAACUAUCGUGAAAUUGGUAUACGGUUGAAGGGGUAUCCUGAGGAAGAUGUUAAAAAGGCAAAGAAACUGGUUUCAAGCUUUAUCAGAGCUGAAGAAGAAGUAGAAGAGAAAAUUGAGGAAGCUGCUGAGAAAGGAGAACUCACUGAACUUGUUCUAAUGGUUAUAUGGAAUCGCCUUGAUCUUGCUCGGCGUGAUGAAGAAAAGGAUGCUAUUCGAAGUCUAGAUCUUUUGUACAGGAGAAUUGAGACAGAGAUUUUGAAACGAGAGGCGACUCCUUCCAUGAGACUGCUCAAUGAUCUUUUGAAUAUGCACGAUGGUUUCAAUGAUGAUGAGUGGAUAAAAGAAUGCAGAAAAGGCAUGAUUGACACCUUUCCACGGGAGGACCCAUUUAGCAUUCUUGUUCCACCUGGGUUUGACAUUGAUCAGCAUGCAGGGCCAGUAAGACCACCACUAGAAGCCGAUGAUAUUCUCUUGAGGGUAGAUUUUGUAAGAGAGGUUGAUGCUUUGCUCCAAGAGGUUCGGCAAGAACAAAGUGAAGAACAGAAUGUAGAAGGGCUUGAUCCUGAAUCUGUUGCAAGCAAACUGAAGCAACAAGAGAAGCAACGAACAAUACACAAAGUAGAAGCCCUGCUAGAUCUGGCCAUUAAUUUAAAAUGGUAG